AUGGCUUCCGCCGCUCCUGCCACCGCGCCCAAGAAGAGCGUCCAGACUUUCGGAAGGAAGAAAACCGCCGUCGCCGUCGCCUUUGUUAAGGCUGGCCGUGGUUUGAUCAAGAUCAAUGGUUCGCCCAUUGAGCUCGUUGAGCCUGAGGUCCUGAGGUACAAGGUCUUCGAGCCCAUCCUCCUCCUCGGAACGGACAAGUUCUCCGGAGUGGACAUCAGAAUCAGAGUCAAGGGCGGUGGUCACGUCUCGCAAGUGUACGCCAUCCGUCAGGCCCUUGCCAAGGCUAUCGUCGCGUGGUACCAGAAGUACGUGGACGAAGCCGCUAAGAAGGAGAUCAAGGAGGUCCUUCUUACCUACGACAGAAGCUUGCUGGUGGCCGAUCCCAGGCGCUGCGAGCCCAAGAAGUUCGGUGGUCCUGCUGCCCGCGCCCGUUACCAGAAGUCGUACCGUUAA